GAGCGGAGCGGCGCGAUGAAGCUGCAGCCCAAACUGAAGCUGGUGGCUUACCCUCUGGCCGUGCUCUACCUUCUCUUCUGGGGGCCGACCUACACGCUGCCCAUUCUUUUGGCCACGUUCGCCGCCUACGUCUCGCAGAAUGAACGCUACAGGUGGUUCUACAUCCUCUACAAGACCCUGCCCAGGGACCUCAGGGCGAUUAUUGGCUUUGGAACGGUGAACCUGCGGAUGGCAAAAUGGGAAAGAGAAAAUUUGAACGCGGUCAGCAUGUUCCACAACACUGCAAAGAAUCACGCGGACAAGGUGGCAUUCUACCAGGAUGACCAGAUAUGGACGUUCAAAAAGGUGUUGGACUACAGCAGAAGGGUGGCGGCUUAUUUCCACGCGAAAGGAUACAAGAAGGGGGACGUGGUCGCCCUUCUGUCCACCAACAGGCCAGAGUACGCAGCAAUUUGGAUGGGCCUGGCCGAGAUCGGUGUUCAGGCCGCCUUGAUCAACUUCAAUUUGAGAAAGCAGCCGCUCAUCCAUUCCAUCACCGUGGCAGUGACCACUUGCAAAUCGAUCAUCUACGAGGCUGGCGAACUGGCCGACGCCAUCAAAGAAAUUGAUUCGGAAUUGCCGAACCUGACCAAGCUUCAGUUGGGAACAGGGGGCUCCUUGCUGCCUGGAGCGUUGUUGUUGGACGAGGAACUGCAAAAAGUGAGCAGCAAGCCCAUUCCUGGCGCUGUGGACAAGCUCAGACCCAACGACAAACUUUUGUACAUCUACACCUCCGGCACCACUGGCCUGCCAAAAGCAGCGGUCAUCACCCAUCUCAGAUUCAUGUUCAUGUCCACCGGAGUGAACGUGAUGCUUCGAAUCAAGCACAGUGACUGCAUCUACACGUCCUUGCCGCUGUACCACACAGCCGGCGGCCUCUUGGGCAUGGGCAGCGUCCUCCACUACGGGGCAACAAUGGCGCUGAGGAAAAAGUUUUCAGUCACUAAUUUCUGGACCGAUUGCAUCAAGUACCAAUGCACCGCGGCGCAAUACAUUGGAGAGAUCUGCAGGUAUUUGCUUUCAGCGCCUGAGAAGCCGGAAGACAGGGCUCAUAACGUCAGGAUCAUGUUCGGGAACGGACUUAGACCGCAAAUUUGGUCGCAGUUCGUGAAAAGGUUCGGAAUCAAAGACAUCGGCGAGUUUUACGGAGCAACAGAGGGCAAUUCGAAUAUUGUGAAUUUUGACAACACCGUGGGCGCGGUCGGAUUUGUGCCGCGGUACGCAACAGCAGUCUACCCACUCGCAUUAAUCAGAGUGAAUGAGGAGACUGGUGAACCUUUGAGAGGCUCGGACGGACUUUGCAUCAAAUGCAAGAUAGGCGAAGCGGGAUUGUUUGUGGGGAAAAUCAAUAAGAAACGGCCGGUGAAUGCAUUCGACGGCUACGCUGAUAAGAAGGCCUCCGAGAAAAAGGUUUUGAACAAUGUCUUUGAGCAUGGCGACACGUUUUUCAACUCGGGCGACAUCUUGGAAAUGGACGAAUUAGGAUACUUUUACUUCAAAGACAGAACCGGAGAUACGUUCAGGUGGAAAGGAGAAAACGUCGCUACCUCGGAAGUGGAGGCAGUCAUCAGCAACGUUGCUCAGCUGAAUGACGCAGUCGUUUAUGGAGUGGAGAUCCCUGGUGCUGAAGGCAGAGCGGGAAUGGCCUCCAUCGUGGGAGUGCAGGGAGAGGAGGAGUUGAACAAAUUGGCAGCGGGCAUUAGGUCUAAUUUGCCGUCCUAUGCGCGACCUCUCUUUUUGCGGGUGCUCAAGGAACUGCCCAUGACAGGCACUUUCAAAUUAAAGAAGAACGACCUGCAGAAAGAAGGCUACAACUUGGAUGUUGUGAAAGAUCCCAUUUACUUCGUGGAUCAAAAGAGCGGCCAGUUCAAGCUGCUAACCCCCCAAGUCUACAAAGACAUUCUGGAUAAAAAGUUCAAAGUGUAAUGAAUUUUCUUGCCAUGAGGUUGUUGUUGAAUAAGUGAACGGACUUGCCAGAGUUCGGCUCAAAUGUCCUGUGAUCACUGUUAACCAUUGUCCAAUAGAGUCGGAUGCAAUCAUUCCUCACUGACAACUUAGUCAAAGUGAACCAAGACUUAAACGCGAUAGAAUUACUGCCAGUUUUAUGCCUUUCUUAAUAAGCAAUGUACAAUUUGUUCAAUAAAUCCUAUUUUGUUUCACAAUCAA